ACGAGCUCAACACCACACCCAUGGAGCCCUCCUCCCAUGGCGCUCUCCUCCUCAAAUGGGCCCUCUACAUCCCCCUCGCCCUCCUCGCCACCUCCCACCUCUCCUCCGCCGCCUCGGACCCCCUCUCCUCUCGCCACCUCCUCCUCAACCAACUCGCGCAGUGGCGCCGGAGCCGCUUCGGCCCGGGCCCCGAAACUGCGGCGGCUUGGGUGCUGUGCUUCUUGGCGGCUUCCGUGUGCAGCGCCGGCGGGGUGGGGGGCGGGUCCCUCUUCCUGCCCAUCCUCAACCUCGUGGCGGGGCUGAGCUUGAAGCGCGCCACCACCUUCUCCGCGUUCAUGGUGGCGGCGGGGUCGCUGUCGAACGUGCUCUACACCCUCCUCGUGAUGCGCCGCGGCCAGCUGUCCUCCCCGCUGAUCAACUACGAGAUCGCGCUGCUCUCGCAGCCGUGCAUGCUCCUGGGGGUGAGCGCCGGGGUGGUCUGCAACCUGAUGUUCCCCGAGUGGCUCAUCACCGUCUCCUUCGCCGCGUUCCUCGCCUGCUGCACGUACAAGACGUUUGGGGCUGGGCUCAGGUGUUGGGAGGAGGAGACCAAGGAGAUUGGGAGGGUCAUUAUGAGCGGGUCGUCGGGGGGAGCUCAUGAUCACCAGCCGCUUUUGGUUGAUGGGGCCCGCCAAGGGGAGGAGGGGAACGGCAGUUCGGGGAUUCCGCUCAAGGAUUUGGUGGUGCUGCUCUUCAUCUGGCUCUGUUUCUUUCUAUUGCAUGCCCUCCUUGGAGAUAAGCAUGGCAAGGGUGUGAUACACAUAAGACCUUGCGGAGUUGCAUAUUGGCUCAUCACUCUAUCCCAGAUACCCUUGGCCCUGGUUUUCACGGCCUACAUCUUGUACAAAAAGAAAAAACCACAACUCCAAAAUCACGAGCAUGCCGAUGAAAAGGGACGUAAAGAAAAGGCCAGUAUCGAAGCGUUGCCUGUGUUUGUUUUUCCCUCCGCUGCUCUCUUAACAGGGGUUUUGAGCGGCCUUUUCGGCAUUGGUGGAGGAUUGCUUCUUAACCCUGUUCUUCUUCAGAUCGGUGUACCUCCCCAGACGGCGGCAUCCACGUCUACGUUCAUGGUUCUUUUCUCUGCUUCGAUGUCGAUGGUUCAGUACAUAAUCCUCGGCAUGGACGGGAUCAAUCAAGCUUUAAUUUAUGCCGCUAUCUGCUUGGUGGCGUCGGUCUUCGGAUUAGUCAUCAUGGAAAGAGCCAUCAGGCAAUCGGGUAGAGUUUCUCUCAUCGUGUUUUUAGUCGGCGGUGUUAUGGCACUCAGCACGCUUAUAAUCUCAAGCUUCGGAGCCGUCGAUGUUUGGAAAGAGUACACAAGUGGAGAGUACAUGGGAUUCAAACUACUUUGUUAAGGGUUUCGCAGAAUCGGCUUAUUCAUUUAUCAAGCGCAUCGGUAAAUAAUAAUUUUGGUAAUCCAUAUAUUUUUUCUCCAGUUUUGUGUACAAGCCUACAAGAUACUUAAGAAGUGUUCAUGCUGUAAUAAUCCUUUAUAGGAGUUUGGGCGUAAACUGUUUUUGGCAGGAGAAUGAUUUUGCUUUUUGUGUCUUUUGUUGUUACAAAACAUUGUGGUGCACUAGUGAAUGUGAUCCGCAUAAUGCGGUGGAUGUACACUCAAAACUAUAAUUGAAGGUUUUGUAAUAAAAUAAUUGG